CGUAACUUUGUGAUGGUGGAAAUCCCGGUCGAUCUCAGUCGUACCAGUAUUUUGUUGUUUUAAGGAACCAAUUAAGGAGUAUGCAAAAUAAAAAGGGACAUGGGUAGUUGAAUAACUAGCCGUACAACAAAUGAAAAGAUACAUAUAGCAUUAAAAUGGAGCAAGAACCCAGUGAUAUAAGACACCUCGUAGAACAGGUAACAAAACUACCAAAACUAAGAAAACAAGCACCUUCUGGAUAUUUCAGGAAGGAUACAUUUAUAAGAAGCCCAUUGAUGACAUAUUGCCUUGAAGCAGUAAGACGAAUAAAAGUUGAUGACAGGAUGUCGCAUUUCUCUGCAAAGGACGAAAUAGAGACAGCAAAGGUAACACUUCCAGCAGUUCAUCAGUGUGCCUUGAAAAAGUCUGAGAUCUGUCAGCACUUGAAACAUGAAGCUUAUAAGAACUGUCCUUCUCCAAUGACAGUGCAAUGGAAGAAAUUUAUUUGGAAAAUAGUACCAUUGGAACUCCGCAAGAAAUUCCCCACAGCAACUGCAUCAUUGCUAAUGGAAGUGGACGAACUCUAUGAACGAGAUUUAAAAUAUCAUUGGGUUGAAAGGAUUGUAAAUCCUCUUCCUGGAGAAGAAUUUUUUGAGGUGAAAAUGCAUCCGUACAGGAAGGGCAGGAGCAAGAACUAUCACAAGUUUCUGGAGACAGUGAGGUAUAUGGACAAGAGACUUCUGUUAACACAUAUCCUUAUGAGAAGACUCGUAGAUCGGACUGUAACGUGUGUGCCUCCACUACUCACCAAUUUCACCAAAUACAGAAAUUUGGGGCCAAUAGGAAUAGAGAAAUUGAAAGAAUUAAUUGCUACAGAUCUAAAGAAAGCUGAUGAUAUAGUGAGCAAAGUCAUGUUUACCAGCAUAGUAAAAUUAUUUCUGGAGAAGGAUUGCAUGGUUGGAAUUCCACGGGAGUUCUGGCCACAGUUUGUGAAGUGUGCCACUUACAUUGUGGCAAAUGAGAUUACAGACUGCAUGCUAAGAACCAUUAGGAAUGUAGUUGAUGUGACAGCUGAUGUUAAUAAAACCCCAUAUCUAAAAAUUGAUGUGUUGUAUGAAGAGACUGGGAUAGAAGUAGUUCCCAGAGUGCCAGAAAUAUAUGGUAUAUACCAUAAUGUUAUUGAUGAUAUUACAGGCAUUGCUCAGCACCUAGUUCCAUUAGAAUCUUGGGCAAAUGUGGAUGUACCACUGGGAUACAUUAAAGUUAAGGUGCUUCCUGAACAAGUGGCUCAGGCACAUCAGAUUAUACAAGAGAAUGUUGAGAAGUUGUAUGCUCCAGUAGUGGUGUACAGACAGUACCUUGGUGAGAAUUAUAUGUUUUUUUAA